AUGCACUACACUGGCAAAUUGUUGGACGGCAAGAAAUUCGACUCCUCAUUGGACAGGAACUCACCCUUUGAGUUUACUCUUGGAGCUGGUCAGGUUAUAAAGGGCUGGGAUCAAGGAUUGCUAGGAAUGUGUGUUGGCGAGAAGAGGAAGCUCACUAUACCACCCAGUCUUGGUUAUGGUGACCGAGGUGCAGGUGGAAGCAUACCAGGAGGUGCAACUCUAGUCUUUGAUGUCGAAUUGCUCGAAAUCAAGGGCGAUUCCCGUCCAGAAGACUUGUAA